AUGAAUCUCCUUCAAAAUUCUGCUGUUCGGUGUGACAUCGAACGGCAGAUAAUCACCAUUAACCUUCUUUCAUUCCUUGGUCCCGAUCCAGAGUCAAUUCAUCCCCUUAUCGAAUUGAUGCAGUCUGAUCCUUACAACUUUGCUGUCUAUAUUCGGAACGAGAUGUACUUCGAGAUGGGUACUCCCCUUCAAAAGAGAGGAUGCACGAACGCCGAUCUCCAGAACGACAUUGAGGUCUUCCGGCUGAAACGGGCAUCUCGCCAGGGCAACAUCUUCUUGACCUUGCCCCUAAGGCUGCCAAAAGCAGUCUCUGUGGAAUCAUAUGUUCUUCAUGCCAUAAAGCGUCGACUUGACCUUCCUAUAUUCAACCCUUGGGCUGACACGACAUCAAAGCUUAUUGUCGCUUGUGGCGUUGCCUUGUCACAACGAGGCCAACUCAUUGCCUACGACCAAAAAGCUUCACUUGCCGAUCACUGCUGGCAAGUACUUGAUGACCUGGAGACAUCUCCAUGUGCUACUAGCCUGCCAAACAACGAGUUGAAGGAUAUCCUCAUUGUCAUGAAGCGCAACUCGGACGUCCGAUUUGAAAAUAUCAACAAACAACUCUCAGACAUGCGUGCACACCUCGCUGUAAUUGCGAAUCAACAAAACCAAAUUCUUAUAAUGUUGGCCAGCAACAAGGAGGGUUCCGUCGGCUACUGCGAAGAAACGGCUGAAAUUGACCCAGAUGAUGGCCAACAAGUUCUUAUUAGCCAGUUACACGAUAACAUCUCAUUGGGAUUUUCGAAUUCGAGCCACCACUCACACGAAGCUCCGCCCAUGGAGCGCACUCCAAUUGAACAGCCAGCCAAGUUCGACUGA